GUCAGGCCGGCCGUGUUCGGCCAUCUCGGACGAUAUAGCGAUUGUAACUUUUAUCACUUUACAGGCGGCGACAGCUGUACGGUCGCGAUUAUGGUCGUCAGUGACCGAUAAGACGGCGCGAUCUCUCGCGGAACUCGCUCUUUCCCGGACGUCACGUCUUGCGACGAUUGGAAUUCACCGGUCCGGGGAAUCCACAUGAGAAGCCGCGAGCGACUCACGCGAGUCCCCGAGUGACGGUGUGCGUGCAAGGGCGGUGAAUUUCGUCAAGUACGCGCUGCACACGGCUCCGUUGUCUACGAGAAGUCGUCCAGUCUCUCUCGGCUUCAGGUUGGCGAACCAGUCGUUCUCCGACUCUCCUGCUGACAUUAGAGCGGUGACGGCUCGCGCGAUCAGUCCCGCAUCGAGCGUCAAUGCGUCGGCGGAUUCGCCGAUUGCCGAUCAUCGACACGUCGCCAUCGUCUCGCUCUACGCUCUGGUGACAUCCCGCCGCGGUCCACUGGAUGGUCGCAAGCGAAAUCGAGCGUAAACGCAACCGCGACACACAAGCAGAAGAAUAUCAACGACUCGAGAGCGGCGCACAGGGUGUCCGAUAAAUCCCCGAAAGCCGCAGCGAGCCAGGCAGCAAGAUGGCGAGCGUCGACAGGGAUCUCGAGGAACUGAUGUCUCACCUGGGCGAAUUCGGCAAGUACCAGUCCGGCCAGUUCUGUCUGCACCUACUCGGCGCGCUUCUGGCCGGCUUGCACAUGCUGUCCCUACUGACCGUGGCGGCGGUGCCGCCGCACCGCUGCGACGUCCCGGGCACGAACCUGUCCUUUCUUUGGACGAGCGAUUCGCCCGACAGCUCCUGGAACAGCUCGUCGGUCAAUUCGGACCAGCUGCCGCGAGCCAUCGACAGCUGUCACUACCUGGACCUCGACAACGUCACACGGGAGUGCGACUCUUGGACAUACGACACGACGUACUUCCAGUCUUCACGCGGCAUGGAAUGGAACUUCGUGUGCUCGCAGCGCUGGAUGGGCUCCUUGGCGCAGUCGGCCUACAUGCUCGGCGUGUUCGCGGGCUCGUUGACGUUGGGCAGCCUGGCGGACUCGUACGGCAGGAAGAUCAUAUUCUGCGUGUCCGCGGUGGCGCAGCUGGUGCUCGGGGUGUCGGUCGCGUUCAUGAACAACUACUACGUCUUCCUGGCGAUACGCUUCCUCUACGGCAUCUUCGGCUCCGCCGGCGCCUACAUCACCGGCUUCGUGCUGACGAUGGAGAUGGUCGGCCCGAGCCGGAGAACCGUAUGCGGCGUGAUGUUCCAGCUGGCCUUCGCCGCGGGCUUCAUGCUGGUGGCCGCGUGGGGCGUCGUCAUCAAGGACCGCAUGUGGCUGCAGAUCGCGUACGGCGCGCACAGCGCGCUCCUGCUCGGCCACUGGUGGCUGAUGGACGAGUCGCCGAGGUGGCUGUGGGCGCACGAUCGCGCCUCCGAGGCGAUCAUCAUCGUGCAGCGCGCGUUGAAGAUCAACGGCAGCGACGUGAAAAUAGACGCGGCGAAGCUGGUGGGCCGAGCGCGAGCCCAGCAGGAGACGAAGCCGGACAAGUCGCACGGCACGUUGGACCUCUUCCGCACGCCGAACCUCCGCAAGAAGAGCCUGAACAUCUGCCUCAACUGGUUCGCCAACUCCAUCGUUUACUACGGGCUGUCGCUCAACAUGGGCAACCUCGUCGGCAACCCGUUCAUCAUGCUGUUCCUCAGCGGACUCGUCGAGCUGCCGGCCUACAUCCUGGUGGUCUUCACAAUGGACCGAGCCGGCAGGAGGUGCCUGGUCAGCGCGCUGCUGCUGAUCGGCGGCGUGUGCUGCAUCUGCGCGGCCAACAUCCCCGCCACCAGCGAGGUCGCGUCCGUAAUCACGGUGACGAUAGUGCUCGUCGGCAAGGCCUGCGUCGCCGGCUCCUUCGCCGUGGUCUAUAACUACACCGCCGAGCUGUUCCCCACGGUGGUGAGGAACACGGCGCUCGGGAUCGGCUCGAUGUGCGCCCGGUUGAGCGGCGCGCUCACCCCCAUGAUCUUCCUGCUGGACUCGUUGGACCCGAAAGUGCCGGCCGUGCUGUUCGGGCUGAUCGCCCUGUUGGCCGGCUUCCUGGCGCUCUACUUGCCGGAGACGCUGAACCAACCGAUGCCGGAGAGCAUCGAGGACGGUGAGAACUUCGGCAAGGGCGACACCUGCUUCACCACUUGCCUGGGGAGAAGAUCGAAGGCCGCGAGCAGCAACAACAUCGCGAUGACGGUGCAGGUGAAGGAGGAGGGGGAAGAGAAGGAGAAGCUGAAUAACAUAUAGGCGCAGCUCCCGAUUGCCAUAGCUAGAACAAAUUCACCAGAGUGCCUUCGACCAGUAUUUACGGCUGGCAAAAACGCACGGACGGACGUGCGUCACCCUGAUCGACUCGCCAAGCCACCACGUGGGUACGACGGUGUCGGAUAUAUAUACUCGUUGGGGAUGCUUACUUUCCAGAUUAAUAUAACCGCCUGAUAACGCGCGCGACUGCCCGGCCAACGACAACGUAACAUUUAGAAGCGUGACUUACAUGCUAGGUCAGAGUUUCGUGCCCGAAACUGCACACGCGAUAUUAUAUUUUUGUGAUAUUGUAAGGGAGAUAUAUUUAGUAAGGAAGUAUAUUUUAGAUAUUUCACGCACAUCCCCUUCUCUUUCGCAUAGAACGUUUCUCCGGAUCUAAAGAAGUUACAGCCCGAUUUCCCAAAAUAAUUCUGGAUUGUACACAGUGAGAAAUUUUAACAUAUAAAUUAGAUUUAACGCGCUUAACACACGCCUCAAACGGUCCGUGCAAAUGUUUGCGUUAAUUUAACACAAGAUGAAUAUGUUGAAAAGCUGGAAAGAACGCAAAUAUUAUGUCAAAAAUUAACGCAGAAUUAAUACGUUAAGCGACGCUAAAGUAUAAAACGUGUUAACACUCACACAUGUUGAAUACUGACUGGUCACAAAAUGUUGAGAUAACGUAAACACAUUAUAUUAAAUUAACAUAUAAAAAUAAAAAUUUAACACAAAAAUGUGAGCAAAGAUCGGUCUUAACAAAAGUACGCAAUGUUUUUUACUGUGUAGUUGGGAAAUCUAUGCAGGUUCUGGUUAAAAAUAUAACGUUUCAAACAUACGAUUCUAACGAGGAAAUUUCGCGAACCCAAAAAUACAGAUUUUAAUCAAAACUUGGCAUAAAUGUAAACCGGGUAAAUAAAUAAACUUAGAAGUUUUCAGUGGGAGCUGAAAAACAGUUUAGAGGGGUGAAACCAUUCUUCAAAGAUAUAGAAAUUUUCGCAUUCUUUCAAUAUAUCUCGUAAACUAAAUGAAAUAUCAAAAGAUGUUUAAGUUUUGUGGAAAAAAUAUCUAUUUAUAUAUUUAACUGCGCCAUUUAUUUUUCGAAAACAAAAUUAUUUAUUCCCAUCUUUGAGAUAAGAAUGGGAUUCCUAAUCGUGGUGGAACAACUUAUUUUGGAACAACUUUGGGCAUUCUAACCGGAACUUUCUACGCUGUACGUGGGAAAAUCGGAGAAAAUUUCUAUGCGAAAUAUAUAUAAAUAUAUAUUUUAAUACAUCCCACAUUUCCUAUGUAUUUUUACAAGAAUCGUAGAAUUGUUUCUCAAGAAUUCCUCUUCGCUUUGUCUCGCCGGGAAGAAUAUCUGUCGUAUUAUAACAUCGCGUUAUCACACAUAUUUACGCGGAUAUACAGCAGGUGCAGACAGGCUUUGCGAUAUCGUGCGAUUCCAUUGUUGGGCGAUCUCUGUGAGAGAAGCGAUUAAAAGUUCACGGCGGGAUUGCGCCGGCUCGAGAAAGCUCGUCGUAAAAUCUCUCUCUCUCUCUCUCUCUCUCUCUCUCUCUUCUUUUCUCCCGCAUACGGGCGCCGGAAUAAUCCGGAAGUCAACGAGGAAAUAAAUUCGUUUACAUCCGACUUAUCUCACUACUUUCGACAAAAUGAACCGGCUGGGAAAGUUUAAGGGUUAUGCGAAGAUAAAAGGGACGCUUUCGAGGCGCUUUAAAGCGCACGUAUGAUCUUAAUAGCGAGAAUGCAAUUCCGGCAGAAUCUUCUCGGGCGAGAGAGAUCCUGGUGGAAUCGCCGUCCCGCUUUUCUCCCUAGCUAAUGGAAAAACUUUGUCGCCCGUUGUGGCGGCCGAACGUUUUUCCAAUCAUAAAGUUUGAAAAAUGGUCAUGUCGGCCAUCGGCGAAUUUUCUCUCUCUCUCUCUCUCUCUCUCUCUCUUUCCGCUGUUGAAUUAACAGAGACGAUGAGAGAUCCCGUCUCCGGAAAAUUUCGUUAAGUUCUCCGGUCGCCGGGACGGUUCGAGAGCUGCGCGCUUGUUUGUUAAAACAAACAUACUUUGUUCAUUCCACUUAGUUGACACGUGAACGUAACUACUAUUUUAUUUACUUCGCGAAAUUACAUCUCGUCGGAGAAAUUAUAUUCUCGCACGCGGGAUUUGUCCGGAGAUACUUUUUCUACCAAGAGAGCAAGCUCACAGAUGCACUUGAUCGUGCCGAUCAAUUGGAACGAAUUCAUGCGAAAGAACUCUUUGAAAGAGUUCACCGGGGGACCGUCGAAAAUCUAGCUAAUAAGCCGCAUUAUGCAACUCCACUUUCAGCCGGCUCUUUCUUAUUGUCCGAAUGUCACUCGCUAACGAACUGGAAAUUUAUUCCAUCGCUCGAUAACUCCUCGCAGAGACUUAGCUCCCUAAUUAAAUCCGGCGUAUCCGUAAAGUAUCGCGAAUCACGGCCGAGCAAUUAUCGGGAGACUGUGAUACAAUUCACUGGAAGUUCUCGGUGUCACCUGCAAGCUCGCUCGGCUCGCGUAAGACUUCACCGUUUCAUUCGCACAAGUCACCUCCCUCCGUUCCGAAGAGCGUCUUCCAGAAGUUGCAAUUCAUAGCAAAGGCUGCGACGCGCAACGAUCGACAGUAAAUUUUUUGUGCAUGCUUGUCUCUUGUCCGGUGUAAAAAUAACCGUCCGACAUUACGGCGCGAUGUUAUCCGAAUUAAUGACAACGUUAACAGUCGUCCGUGACUUGGCGACUCGCGGCAUUCGCGAGAAAUCAGCGGCGAGCCGCGUCCGAAUUCCCAAAGUUUCGCGGCUCUCACAUGCGCGAUCGCCAGCAAUGAAAUUAAACGCCAAGAUUGCACUCCCGAGGCCCGAUUUUUCACUUUCUAGUUAACUUGUGGUUUAGACUUAACCCAAAUGAUAAUAUAAAAAUUAUGUUUUCCUAUUCACGGUUAAUCGUCAAAUUGUUUAAGCUACCACUGCAAAGCCACCAGCUUGGUGAUUAACCAUAAAUAGAAGAACAGAAUUUUUGCAUUGCCAUCGGUUUAAGUUUAAGCCACAAGUUAACCAAAAAGUGAAAAACCGGGUUCGAGAGUUGUAGUUCUAAGUUCCUCUUGUCAACCGGAGUUUUUGAAAAUAUUUAGAUUGAGAACGAAUUAUAUACAUAUAUAUUUAUAAAUACGAUUUUUCGUUAAAAGCGCUUCCGAUUCCUCGUGGGAUAAUCUUCGACCUCCUUCGCGGCCGAAGGGAUAAGAAAAUCGCGAUAUUCGCAAUUCAUUUUGCUUUAUCCUUCUUGUAAAGAGGACGAAGCCGGGGCGUUUGAAUUUGUCGUGAGAACGCUCUCGAAUUUGAAACUGGGACACAAAUCUUGUAAGACCGCGAUGGAAACCCGCGCGAUGGAAAUAUCCAGGAAGAAGCGACACGUCUUCGGAGAAUCCUCGGAACGUCCGUUGGCUCCUGGUGGACGCGAGCCGCGGCUUGUUUAGCUGACGAUAAAUUCGAGCCUGAUGAUUGUGCACUCACCUGCGUUCUCGAGCGCCUCACAGGUCCAUACACGAGGGAUGCUGGAACGGAUAUGCCGCGGGAGCACACGGAGGCAAGGAGCGCGCGUCGCCGACUGAACUCCCGCUCUGUGCUCGCCCAUUAAAUCGUGGAAAACGCUAUGUCGCUUCGGCAGCGCGCGCAACUCCGUCAAAUACGGUGCAGGCUGUUGCCUCAAAUUUGAUCCUGUAGAGGAUAGAUAUCGGUAUCGUCGCGCUCUUAAGAUCGCUCCCGGCUCGCGAAUAAAGCGCCGCGAAAGUGGCAAAAAAAUAAAACGGCAGGGACUCUGGUCCGUGCAAAGUUCGCGAAGUCCACGAGGAGUCCACGGAAAACCGGAAUAGCUGGCUUUGUAUACGGAAAAAAGGAAUUAGCUCCCCACAUAAUACAACUGAAAUUUAGUUACCAGACCUAGUUUUGAGCUAUGGAAAUGAAAGCUUAAGCGCAGGGAUAAAAAGAAUGAGCUGAAUUAGCCCAUUUCGUUCCUCUGUUCUUAUAUGGGAAUAGCAAAUUUACUUAUCUUCAACAUUUUUUUAUUUACGCUAAAGGUAAAUUCUGGCCUAGAUCUUGUUACUGAGAUAUAGUUUGGACUUUUGCCUUUCAGAAAAUAAUUUCAUUUGACCACCACCCAUCACCCUUCCUCCACCCUCUAACGGUGGGAGGGAGGGAGAGGGAGGGGAGGGGUGGAGAAAACACAGCUCUUUAACUCUUUGACUCACUUUUUUAAUUAAUUAGUUAAAAAUAGUAAAAAAUAAAAAAUUGAAGAAACAAUAAUGAAGUAUUGUUGACAAAAGUUUAAAUCGUCGUAAAUGACGAUUCCCGUUAUAUGAUUCACUAGGUGUAUGCCAAGUCUCUCACAAAUGUUCCGACUAUUUUCCGGGAAAAACAGCUGGUCGGAAGAUUCUGACUUGAGGUAUUAAACGGUAACUGAACGAUAUUUGGAUCACAUGGAUCUCAAAAUUUUUGCAACCCGGCCCGAAAUGGGUUAACUAAAUUUCCGUUGUAUUACGUGAACAGCUAAUUUCCACCUGUAGGACCUACUUAUUUUUUUCCAUGUAUCGUCAAAUCCGAUUCAAGUUGAGAUUUAAUUCUACGCGAUUUUAAGCCGACCUCGAUUUAUAACGAUUUCCGAGCAGUGAGAAUGAUUUCGCUUUGGGAAUUAUAUUUUUGGUAAUUGCCGGACGCGAAAUAAAAAGCAACAAUCGUAUUAUAUUAUGCGAGGACAAUCAUAUUAUCGCGCGAAAGUUGGUAAUAUUAAGCUUGAGGUAUUAUAUUUGUAACGUCGAGCGAGCUCAUUGAAACUUGGACCGCGAAAAGUCGAGCGUUUUUCCGUCGUUUUCUGCACUUAAAACGAUGAAGAUACGAAGAAUGAACUAAAUUCAUCCAUUAAUUUUAAUUGACGCUUAUCCGAACGGCCUGGUUGUAGUACAAAAAAGCAGAUGCUGUUACAGAGCGGAUUGCAUUCUCCUGAGCAAUGGAAAUUUGUUUAGAGAUAUCUUUGAAAUUGCUCGCGCGUGUUCCUCGUAACGCGUCGCUUAUCGCGUCAUUUUCUGAACAGCGCUAAUUGUCCAAUGCGUCAGAGAGAUUAUUACCGUGAAACUAUGCUGACCGCCAUGCAUCUUCUUUCAGGUUUAAAUAUUCCUAGUACAUUUCCAGGUUGCUCGCAUUCUUCGUCUAUUUAUCGAUAAAGGUAUUCGAGAUUGAACACAUGCGGCGGUCCUGACGUUUUAGUGACGCAUAGAAUUACGGAGACUACGGAACUACGGAGACCGUCGAGAGAAAGAGAGAGAGAGAAGGAAAGAGAGAACGCGUCCUUUCUUCUCCGAAAGUCACGUUUGUCGAAAAGAAACGACGACAAAAGCGCGGCGGCGAAAGAGGCUUUUCGAAUUCGCGAAGAUAAACCUUCGCGAAACUUCCUAGAAAUAAGCUUUCAGCUUCCAGCGAAGAGCUUUGAUUAAUUCGCCGAUUUGAUUUGUAACUGUUAUUGCGUAUUACAAUAAAUAUAUUUUGAUGAUAUAAGACUCAGAUCUCGACAACAUUCUCGAUCAUUUUAGUGACGAUAUUAAAAUGCUCCUAAAAGU